AUGGCUGGCGUCAACGCCUACGGGCUGGCGUUCGCCGGCACGUGCGUCUUGAUCCUGGCCGUCGGACUGGGCGCCAACCUCCUGGUCUUCUCCCUGUUGGCCCGGCAGCGGUCGCUGCGCAAGAACCGGCUGGACGCGCUGCUCCUCAGCACGUCGCUGGCCGACUUCCUGGCCCUGCUGCUGGUCCCGUUCACCGUGCACUCGGCCGUCAGCCACUCGUGGCCGCUGGGCGACCUUUCCUGCAAGGUCUACCAGUUCCUGUCGGCCUUCAGCCUGGGGGCCAGCGCCUACUCGCUGUGCGCCGUGUCGGCGGCCCGCGCCACGAUGGUCACCGACCCCUACCGGCCCCCGGCCGCGGACCUGCUCGUCCUGAUGUCGGCGCCGGCCUGGGCCCUGAGCUUCGUCAUCAGCCUGCCUCUGCGGAUGUUCGCCACCAAGGAGAGCCCCAGCCCCAGCCCGAGCCCGAGCCCGAGCCCGAACGCCGUCACCUUCUGCCUGCCCGCCGUCCAGGAGCACCACUACCAGGUGGUUCUGAGCCAGUUUGUGCUCUUCUACUUGAUCCCCAUGCUGGUCAUCGCCUUCAACUACGUCCGCCUGGCUCUGUUCCUCCAAAAGAGUCCGGUCAUGUCGUCGUCCGGCGCCAGGAACACGCGGCGGGCCUCGGCGAUGGUGUUCUUGGCCUCCGCAACCUUCUCGGCGUGCUGGCUGCCGGGCUACGUCCUGGAGCUGUGCGUUUACUUGGACCUGUACCGCCACGGACGAGCCUGGGAGCUCUUCUACUUCACCUGCACCGUUUUGCAGUACUUGCACCCUUGCGUCAACCCCGUGCUCUACGUGCUGCUGUCCAAGCGAUACCGCCGCAGGAGGGCGGCGCGGCUCUUCGCUCGACGCCGCAACCGUGUGGGGCCGCAGGUGCUCAGCGUGUCGGCGGACAGUCUGUAG